AUGUCGUCUCAAUCCUACAUCAUCCUCGGCGCCGGCGUAAUCGGCCUAACCACCGCCCUCGAACUCCACACCCGUCACCCCACCUCCACAAUCACCAUCAUCGCCAAACACCUCCCGGGCGACCACCAUCCCACGUAUACCUCUCCCUGGGCAGGAGCAAAUUGGCUCUCCGUAGCCACCGACAACGGACCCCAAGAAUCGCGUGACGCCAUCACCUAUGCAAAGUUCAAGGAAUUGAGUACUGGAGACAGAAGCAAUGAAGUUGGUAUUUAUGCAAUGCCCAUUACUGCCAUCUACGAUUCAGAGAUUGGAGACGCGGGAGUUUUGUCGCCCGCGACAGGGAAGAUUUGGUAUGAGGGGUUGGUGGGGGGAGUGAGGAUGCUUGGGGCAGCAGAGUUGCCUGAGGGAGCGAAGUUUGGGUGUGAUUUGGAUACGUUUGUGGUGGAUACGCAAGUUUAUCUUCCAUGGCUGCAAGGAGAAGCAAAACGUCGAGGUAUAGAGAUUCGUAGGGGUGUGUUUGACGCUCUUGAUGAGCUGUUCAGUGCUUUCCCUUCGGCAAAUGCGUAUUUCAACUGCACGGGCUUAGGAGCCUACUCACUCAAAGGUGUAGAAGACAAGAAUGUCUAUCCAACGCGGGUAUGUACAUACAUUCGGUCCGCGAGAACAGAGGGCAAGACUCAUAAAGCAACAGNNGGCCAAAUCAUGCUCGUCGAGAGCCCCAAAACUCCCAUGACAAGGAUGUACUUUCGCUCGCCGCAAAGAGUCAACAAAGAUACUACCUACGUCUUUCCACGCGGCCCUCACAAUGGUGUCGUGCUGGGAGGUGUCCGUCUCGACAAUGUGUGGGACGGAGACGUCGACCUUGAGUUUGCUGAAGACAUCAAGAGACGCUGUUGCGCUUUGGCUCCAGAGCUUGGCAAGCCGGCAGACCUUAAAGUGAUCUAUCAUGGUGUUGGUUUGAGACGUGGUGCCAGAUUGGAGAGAGAAAGGUUUGGCGAGCAUUUGGUCAUUCACAACUACGGUGCUGGUGGCGCUGGGUACCAGGCUUCAUGGUGA